AUGCCGGGCACCUGGGGGUCCAGGCCCCUCGAGGCAGCGCUGGAGGCCACAGGUGGCGCCCUGGAGCUGGCCGCCCACCGGAUGCUGUCUUGGGCCGACGCCGCGCUCUCACGGGCACUGAGGCGGCUCUGCAGACCCCUGCUGGACAUGUACAGCUUCUCAGCCAGGGACCGCUCGGUGGUGGUGACGCUGCCGAUGCUGCCGGCAGGGGACGAGCCCCUGGAUGUGGCCCGCGUGACCAGCCACCUGGUGGAAGAGCUGCUGCUGCGGCCGCUCCGAGCGCUCUACGGGACCAGCGUGCUGGCCGAGUACCACCGGCUCAAACGCGGCCUGCUGGGGGCCCCCUCUGGAUACCACGCCGUGGUGGCUGGGGCCAGGUACGUGGUGACCUUUGAUGGCCGGGUGUGGGGCAUUGGUGACCGCUGUGGCAGCCUGCUGCUGGCCCAGGACUUUGCUCAUGACACCUUCUCGCUGACGCUAAACCGGGCGGGCUCGGGGCUCACGUCGCUGACCGUGGGGCUGAACCACACCAUCCUUGCCCUCUACCCCAGCCUGAAGACCUACAGACUGUACAGCAGCUCCCUGCCCGGGGAGAGCUGUCUGGACGGGGACCUGCCUCCCACCAAGACUGGGAAGGACGACCUGAGGAUUGAGCUGACCAGUGAGGACGGCAUCUCCAUCACCUGUGACGUCCGUGCCAGCCUCUGUGGGCUGACUCUCAGCGUCUGGCAGCAUGGCCUGUCCGCCGGCCUUCUGGGCACCAAUGACAACGAGGCCAGCAAUGAGCUGAUGCUGCCGGAUGGCACGCUGGCCAGCAGCCUGGAGGAGUUCACCCAGGCCUGGCAGCUGGCUGGUGACUACAGAGACGUGGAGAAGACUCGGCCGGUGUGCCUGGAACAGAGCCCCACCUGCCGGGCCUUCUUCCACGACCCCCACUCCAGCCUGGCAAGCUGCUUCGGAGUGGUGGACCCAACACCCUUCCUCAGCCUGUGCAUCCGGGACACCUGUGGCACCCAGGAGCACCAGCCUGCCUGCACCCUGGCCGCCGCCUAUGUCCACCUGUGUGCCAGGGGCUUCGUGCCCGUGGACCCCCCUCCACAAUGCGUUUGAGAUUCUGCCUGAGCCAGCACCCGGCUUGCCAAAGAUCUCAGACUCCCUCUCCCUCUGCCACAAUCCCAUCUCAUCCAGCAAGGUCAAGAUUCUGUGUGGGGUAGAAUGAUGAACACGAAAUACCAGGAAGUCAGAGAAGAUCAGGACUGAGAUGGAUCCAGGAAAGAAGGGCUGUUAGUGAUUUUGAAAUACCUCUGGGGCAAUGGAGCCCACACUGAUCUGGAUAAUUCUCCAUCUCCCUCAACACCUGCCCUGUGAUCCAGCAGACAGCCUGGCCCGCUGGAUCCUGCUCUGGAGAGGGAACGCCACUUCGGAACUGUUCUUGCCUGCGCUAUUUCUUCACUUGCUCGGCUGCUAUUUCUGAAGCCUCUGCUGUAUGAGUCAGGCUGCCCCAGGUCUUCUAGCUUGGGAUCGGCUUCCCCUGAGGCAUGACGUUCCUUGAGGGGAACGGAUGGUCCCAAAUCCCUUAAUCAAAGCCUGGUUGGGUGCUUCCCUCUUGGCAUAGAUCCUGAUUCUAAGGAUGAAUGUUCCAGGGGACCGGCUUCCACGGACCUGUGCUCUGGGCAUUCAGCCCCCAAGGGUACAGCCUGCAGAGUUGUUCACUUCCUUUGGGAGAAGGCGUUUCCCUUGAAAAAAUAAAGCUGGCAGAAUCCAA